AUGAGAACACCCAAGCCUCAGCAAGUGGGCGAAAGCGUGGUACAUCAACAACAAGAACAAUAUCGUCCCUCAGGGACUGCAGCAGGAAUAGGAGCAAGAGCCUCUGCCACAUCUCCUUUGCUUAGCCAUUCACAAGAUAAUCAGAAUAGACACAAUGGCUAUAGCGCGAUCACUACUGCCAGUAAUACCAUCAAUAGUCAUCACUACAACAACUCCAACAACUAUAACGAUAAUAGCAAUAACAUUAAUCAUAGUAAUAUAGAUGGCAAUAUGACUACAACACCACAUGUCAACGGGGGAAGCAAAACACAACUUGUCCCUGCAUUAAAACAGGGGGUAUUAUUGUCUAGAGCUCUGUCUGCAGACUCAAACGCAACUGAAGACGUAAAGUUGCUAUUACAACCAAAAGCUCAUUCCGAUAGGGAUCCAAGGCCAGAAUCCUUUGUCAAUCAUCCUACCAAUAGUGACAUUGCUCUUAUCCUUGUGGCCUUAAUCCAGGCCUUGGGGUUCAUGGCCCUUGUACUUGUGCGUUGGAGAUUUUUGGAGAUAGGUGGCCAUCAUGGGCAACCAGGACACAUUCAUUUACCCGCAUAUCGUUUCAUCAUGCCAGUGACACAGGCAUUUGUUUGGUCGUAUACAUUCAUACUGUGUAUGUUGGCGGCAUUUACGCGGCAUAUCGUGCCGCCUUCUCGGAUCAGGAGGAUGCUUAUCGUAUUCUCGAUGCUCACGUUUGUCAAUGCCAUACUGCGGCUGAGGACCACUUAUAGAUGCCUUAGCACUGAUGAGGAUCCGGACAAUAUCAGGACCCCGGAGCAAUAUCAGAGAGUAGAAGUUGAAUUCAUGCUAGCAAUUGUCAAUGCAACUUUAUCUACAAUCUUUGCAUAUUUUAUCAUGACUACGAGCAAAGGACCUGACGUUUACUUUGAAGGCCGCAAGGUUUCGCCUGAAAUCAACGCCUCAUUCAUCCGCUGGAUUACCUAUGAUUGGAUGAAUGAACUGAUGUGGGAUGGCUAUGAUCGCGCUCUCGAGUUGGCGUUCCUGCCCAGCUUGACUGACAGGAUGCGUGCUAGACCAGUAUACAGAAUCUUUGCACGAACCAGACUUUUCUUUCAGCAGCAAAAACAACGUCCACCUUCAUUACUCUGGCGUAUCUAUAUUAGUAACCGACGCGAUAUCUGGAUCAACUUUAUUUUUGGUGUUAUUUCAUCUAUUGCGUCAUUCGGGAUGCCUUACUUCCUCGGACAGCUACUUGGCUACAUUGAAGACAAAGACAAUGGAGUAGAAGAGACAGAGCCUAAAGAAAGAGCAUAUCUUUAUGUUUUCGGCAUGCUGAUCAGCGACAUCAUUAAGAGUGUAACCUUUGGACAAAACCUUUACUAUGGACGGCGUGUGGACAUUCGUUUGCGUUCAAUGCUGGGCGCUGAGGUUUAUGCAAAGUCCCUGCGGCGUAAAGAUAUGACUGGAAUCAUUUCUGAACGGACAAAGAAGGGGGCACGUUCAGACACAGGCAAGAUCACCAAUUUGAUGGCUGUGGAUGCCAAUCGUGUUGCCAGUGUGGGGUCGUCUAUUUUCUAUUUGUAUACUUGUCCUAUCGAGAUUACUAUUGCACUGGUGAUGCUCUACCGGGAACUCGAGCUAUCAUCGCUAGUGGGCUUGGCUGUCAUGUUCUUGACAUUUCCUAUUCACCACUUUGCUGCCAAAAAAUACGCAAAAAUCCAGGAACAGCUGAUGGAAACUCGGGACCGUCGCGUCGGAAUGAUGUCAGAGCUAUUGCAAGGAAUCCGUAUGAUCAAAUUCUUCACCUGGGAGAAUAAUAUUCAUAGGAAAAUCAUGGAGGUUCGUGACCAAGAGCUCCGUCGCUUUGUCCGUCUUUAUAUUAUCAAUACGCUUUUCACUCUGCUCUGGUUCGGCUCACCUAUACUAGUCACGGUGAUGGCCUUUACUUCUUAUACCAAGCUGGAGCACAAGGAGCUGACUCCUCGUGUGGCCUUUACCUCGAUGGCAAUUUUCAUUCUUCUCAGGGGUCCACUCAACAUUUUACCAGGUAUGGUCACAGACCUGCUGGAAGCUAAAGUUAGUAUCAAGCGAAUCGAGGCUUUCUUGAAUGAGGGCGAGAUUUGGAAGUACUCGGAUGAGGCUCUCAAGGAAGAUAAGGUCAUUGAGAACCAGGCUCUUAGCCUCAUGAAAAUGUCGAACCAAAAUCAGACGACAGGCACAAUUGGAUUUACAAAUGCCACAUUUAGAUGGCAUACUAAGGCCUCCGCCAAUUCGAGUGAUCAACAAGGCGCUCACUCCAAUUCCACUUCGAAUUCAGGGGCAUUCAUGUUGAAGGACUUGACCAUCCAUUUUCCUAUUGGCAAACUAAGCUUGGUCUGUGGAUCCACAGGAUCUGGCAAAACAUCGCUCUUGAUGGCACUGUUAAGAGAAAUGGAUUUGAUUUCUGGCUCAGUUGAUAUGCCUCGGAGCAAAUCAAAGAUCAUCAAUCCUAAUACAGGUUAUAUCCCGGGCACACUUGCCUAUGUUUCUCAGUACCCUUGGCUUCAACAGGCGAGCAUUCGAGAAAAUAUUUUGUUUGGAUCUCCUUUGGAGAUUGAGCGAUACCAACAUGUGUUGGAAGCAUGUGCUUUACUACCAGACCUCGCAGUCUUUGAACAUGGUGAUUUGACUGAAAUUGGCGAAAAAGGCAUCACACUAUCUGGGGGUCAGAAGCAACGUGUUGCUCUCGCGCGCGCCAUGUACUCAAGAGCUCAACACCUGCUGUUUGAUGACUGUCUCUCUGCUGUGGACGCGCACACGGCGAGACACUUGUUUGAACACUGUUUAAAAGGCCCAUUGAUGAAUGGCAGGACAAGAAUCCUUGUAACACAUCAUGUCCGCCUGUGUCUGCGGGAUGCAUCUUAUGUUGUGCUGCUGAAGGAAGGCUCAUUGGCUCUGACAGGUUCCCCUGUCAAGUUGAUCCGUUCUGGCCUUUUGAGUGAGAUUUUAGAAAGAAAUGGAUGGAUGGAGGAAGACCAGGGCUCAUCUCAUUUGGCAAAGCUUACCUCGGAACAUGGCAUUAUUGCAAAGGAUAUUCCUUUCAGGGCAGUCCCUCCAAAGAAGAAGAAUACCACAGAGGCCAAGAAGCUUGUGGAUGAAGAGGCGCGCUCUCGUGGAAAGGUGAAGCUUUUUGUCUACAACAUGUACCUGAAGGCUUGUGGAGGCCCUCAGUUUUGGUUUGUUUUACUUUUUAUCUUUACGGUCGUGAAGCUUCUUGGGAUUGCAGAGGUUUUAUGGAUCAGAGAAUGGUCCACUGCCUAUCCUGCUUCUUCGGAUGAAUCAAUUUACAAAAUCUCGGCAAAGAUGAUUGGAGUCUUGCGUUGGGGGCAGUCUGACGAUGGCGAUGAGGAUUCAGUUGAUUUGGAUUUUUACAUUGGUAUUUAUGCAAUGAUUGUUUUGAUGGCAGUCUUCUUGACUAUCGUCCGGAUGUUCUGGCAGUUCUACGGUUCCCUUAGAGCGUCGCGAGCUCUUUAUGAGGAGCUUUUAGUGUCUAUCAUCCGCGCACCCAUCCGAUUCUUUGACACAACCCCCAUUGGCCGUAUCAUCAACCGGUUUUCUAAAGACUUUGAAGUCAUUGAUGGACAAAUGAUCUAUAAGAUGGGGAGUAUGCUGUCCGAUACUCUUGGAAUUAUUGUUGUCAUUUUAAUGAUCUCGCUUGUCACCCCAAGCUUCCUGAUCACAGCUUUCUUUAUUGCCUUGGCAUACUUCUUUGUUGGGGCCUAUUACAUUGCCUCCAGUCGGGAAUUGAAACGCAUUGAGUCUGUCACCAAAUCGCCAUUGUACAGUCAUUUUGGUGAGACACUUGUAGGCGUGUCCACCAUUCGUGCGUUUGGUGUCGAAUCCAGGUUUAUGGAGGAGGUCCUUGUCAAGCUUGACAAUAACAACGCUCCAUACUACUUUUUAUGGAUGUGUAACCGUUGGCUCAACAUUCGGGUGGAUUUUAUGGGCGCUAUGGUGAGCUUUGUUGCAGGGAUUUUGAUUUUGCUCAAUCUAGAGCAUCUGGAUGCAGGCUGGGCUGGUCUCAGCUUGGGAUCUGCCAUGAACUUUAUGGGACUAGUCUAUUGGCUCGUGCGUAUUUACACUGAGAUGGAAAUGUCCCUAAACAGUGUGGAGCGUGUCAAUGAAUAUUUGGAGAUGCCCCAGGAGCCGCCUGCUAUUAUAGAAGAGUCUCGUCCACCAGCUGGCUGGCCAUAUGACGGAAAGAUCGAGAUUAAGGACUUGACAAUGCAAUAUGCUCCUGAUAUGGGCCCUGUCCUCCAUAAUAUCUCUAUCAGUAUUAGACCACGCGAAAAGAUUGGUAUUGUCGGACGAACAGGAUCCGGAAAAUCAACAUUGGCGUUGUCUCUGUUCCGGUUCAUGGAGCCUGUUGCAGGGUCAAUUGUCAUUGACGGCAUUGAUAUUUCAAAGAUUGGUCUUGAGGAUCUACGCAGCCGCUUGACUAUUAUACCCCAAGAUGCCGUGCUAUUCAAUGGCACUAUUCGAUCCAACCUGGAUCCUUUCCAGGAGCAUACAGACUAUGAAAUAUGGGAAGCACUGCGUCGCGUGCACCUUGUGAAGGCUCGAGGAUCCAGGACUGGGUCAAGGUCAAGUUCUCCUCCAGGCAUCAACGCCGCUUUCUAUCAAAAUCACCAAAACAUACCACAUCCUACCUCGUUCACAUAUAUUGGCCAUCCCUUCGGUAUGAAUGAUGAUGUACAUGCCCAUCUACUUGGCCAUCCUCACCAACACCAUCAUGACGCACCUGAAAACGUUUAUAUGAAUCCUGGAAUAACCGCCCCUGCUCCCGACUUUGGAGGUCCUAUCUACAACGAUCCUUUCCAUCCUGCGCUUUGCCCACCCACAGCACCCGAUAGACCUGCUAUUGUCAGCAUUCAGGGCGAUUAUGUGGAGCAGCAGCCAAGGACGAGUCCUGGAACAACACCACAGUUGUUGAAUGGGGCCAGAAUGCAUUUUGCUAAUGCUAAUGGCCAUUAUGACAGCAACGGAGGACUGCUCCCUAUUGACCCUGUUUCACCACGUGUUCUUUGCUCUUCGCUGAACCAAACCGAUGCCACAGACUGCGUUACAGCGCCAACCAAUGGAUUAUUGCAAGGAGUAGUCUCAAUGCAAGAUGAUGCAGAUGAUCCUUUUGAGGAUCUGGAUAGCCCUGUGAGUGAUGGCGGACAUAAUUUCUCUCAAGGUCAACGGCAAUUAUUGUGCAUGGCCCGUGCAUUGCUUCGUCAAAGUAGGGUUAUCAUUAUGGACGAAGCUACUGCAAGUGUGGACUUUGCUACGGAUGAGAAGAUUCAGACGACCAUCAGAAAUGAGCUUGGAGAUUCAACUUUGAUCACAGUAGCUCAUAGACUGAGGACAAUUAUGGAUUAUGACCGAGUGUUAGUUCUAGAACAGGGACAUGUGGUGGAAUUUGAUAGUCCCAUUAAUCUUAUUACGAAUCCCUCCAGCCGAUUCCGCGACAUGGUUGAGAAGUCAGGCGAGUGUGAUACACUCUUUGAAAUGGCUGCCAGAGCGUAUUAA